GACAGGAGGCGGAGUUUGCUCCAUUUUAUCUGAGUGUCCUGAAAAGUUUGCUAGAAACAGGCAUACCUGAGGCAGAGUCUUUCCUGCUGCACCUGCUCACAGCUUUGACUUUGCUUUUGCUCGGAUUUACGUCAACAUGACCAAGUGAUCCCACCAGAGGGUUGAUUUUAAAAAAACAAAACAACAACACCGUUCUUUCUGCCUGCGCAUUAAGUCAGUCGACGUCAACAAUGAAGAAGGGGCUGCAUUUUUUGGGUCGGAAGAACCAAUCUCUUUAUGACACCAACAUAAAAAUUCCGGACAGGGACAGUGUUCAGCUGGUGCUGGAGGAGACAGAGUCUGCAAUCUGCGAAUCUGGGACUGCCAACGUGAGGGCCAGACCCACCGUCAAGCAUCAUACUUUCUCAUUUGAAACCUUCCAAGGACUUGCUGUCCCAACUCCGAAAGUCCCUGAACUUCCCCCUGCCAAUGGCCCAAUAGUCAAUGGGACAGGUGCUGGAGAUCAUUCAUCCAAUGGAUCUGUUGUAUCCGUGCCAGGCCACAUGGAAGAGAAGAUCUUUGUUCCUCCUCCUCCUCCAUCAGCAGCCCCUCCACCCCCUCCUGUUGAUUUCAUCCCUCCUCCACCAGACUUCAUGGGUGACCUAAACAGCUUAGAUCCUGUGGCCCUCCAGCCUCCAUCCAUGCCUGCUCCAAAACCACCGUCUAUGGUGGAGGAGGAUUUGUCCCUUUUGAAACCACCACCAAUGGCGCCUCCAAAACCUCCGAAUACCUGUUCUACUGGAUCUGGGUCAGCAGAACCUGUCUCUGUUCCACCGCCAACCCAAGUGCCAGAACGUCCAAAAUUUGCCCCUCCGCAACCACCUGCUGAAAAGCACCAGAAGAGUCAUAAGGUCCCACCUCCAAAACCUAUCAGAUCGUCUUCGGUGUCCAUUGUUGAGCCCCCAGCACAGCCUCCCCAAGUGCCCACCUCCACAUUGUCCACCUUCAAUCCCCAGAACAAAGCAAAGGUUCAUGAUCCUCCAAAGCACACAGUGCUUUGGAACGCGUCAGCUAACCCUGCUCCUGCUGAGAUGAAGGUGGAUGGAAAAGCCCCUCAAACUGCUCAGCUACCUAAACCAGAGCCCAAACCUGCACAACAACCCAAGGGGGCUUUAGAAAUUAAACAACCUGAAUUACCUAAAGUUCCCGAAGAACCUAAAACAGAGGCAAAGACAGAGAUUAAAAUAAAGUCUCCAACGGAGGCUAAAGCAGACAUUGUUCCAGCUAAGGCAGAGAUAACCAAAUCCCUCCAGCCUCCACCUCUGCAUAGUACGACUAAUGUCCAGAUCAAUUCAGAGUCCAAGAGCACACUGGAAGUAUCUCCAGGUCAAAACCGCAGUUUCAGCCCUCUAUUGGAUCGCAAACUGGACAGCCUGAAGGCUAACGAACCCAAACACUCUUCAACCUCGCCGUUCGCUCUCCUGAAGGCAGCUAAGGAAAGAGAGAAAAAUAAAAACACUCAAUCUUUGUCCCGCGAAAGCAGCACCAGGAGAAAUGAACCAACAAGUCCUAAUUCCGUCACUGUCAUACCAAGAUCAACGUCUUCAGUUCUACCAAGUCAAAAUAAACUACAGGAGAGUGCAACUCAUAGGCCUGCAGAAACUAAAACAACAAUUCAGGCUAUAGAAACACCCAUGGGUUCGACUGCACUGGCCAAAGAUCAGAAACUAUCAACUGAUCCAGUUUUGAGUAAGUACACAGCACUUUCAUCUCCAGCUGUAAGCAACCUGAGUGAGCAGAAGCAAAGAGCAGAAGAAAAGCAAUUAAAAUCUCAUGAUGUGCAGAAUAAUACUCCUAAACAGGAUAUGAAUUUGCCAUUGCUGCCCCCACCCCCAGAGUUUGGUGACUUUGGUCAAAUACUAGAGCAACCCCCCUCCAUUCGUCUGCUCGAUCCCCCCACACAAAAAGCACCAACACCACCUAAAGCUUCAGCUCAAGUGACAGCUCAGACCCCUGCUAAAGCUCCUGCCCCAACUCAAACCCUAGCUCAGACCCCAGCUAAAGCUCCUGCCCCAACUCAAACCCCAGCUCAGACCCCAGCUAAAGUUCCUGCCCCAACUCAAACCCCAGCUCAGACCCNUCCUGCCCCAACUCAAACCCCAGCUCAGACCCCAGCUAAAGUUCCUGCCCCAACUCAAACCCCAGCUCAGACCCUGGCUAAAGCUCCCGCCCCAACUCAAGCUCCUGCUCCAACACCAGCUAAAGCCCCAGCCAAAACUCAAGCUACAGCUCCUUCACCGCCAAAGCUUCCACCUUCUGACAUACAAGUCAAACCAAAGCCACUAGUCCAGACUAAAUCCAAUCCACCCUCUACUCAAGUACCACCCAAUAUUUCACAAAACCAGGCCACCCUCCUUAGUAUUUUACAGAAAAAGAUGUUGGUAAUGGACCAAAAAAUGGCCCCUGUUAAUGACUCGGAGCACAAUUCUGAUGACUGGAGUACUGGCUUUUCUGAUGAAGACAACAAGGUACCAGCAGUGCCACAAUCCAAACAGCAGACCAAAAACCCACCUGCCCCCGCCAAUAAGACAGCAUCUUUGGACAUGAAAGAGUUGGAGACCAAAAUUAUGAACAAAUACCAGAGUACACAAGUGAAGAGUCCCACCAAAAAUGGGAUGCGUUCAAGACAAAAGUAUGGGAUGACUUUCACCAUCAGGCCUGGAACUAAACAGCCCAUAACUCUUGCAAGUAAAGAGGAUUAAUAAAGGUCUUUGAAUGUAGAACAAACCUGCUGCAUGUAAAAUAGCACAUGUCAAGGCCCUAACAUGGAUAUUUUGUGAUAUUUCUUCCUGUGUCUGCAACACCUGAUACUGCACAAACUGAGUUUUGGUGAAAAUAAAAAAAAAAGUAAAAACUGACACCAAAGUCCCCUUUGAACAUGCCCACCCUGACUUUUUGUGUCAGAAAUUUCACCAACAAUUGAGCAGUUUUUCUGGGUUUUUGUACAUCUGUUUUCAUUAAACAUGAAAUAUUGCUGGAAGAAGUUACAAUUACCCUAGUACUGCUUCAGCCAUGCUCAGGAUUUUCUUUUCCAUUUUAAUGUUGUCCAUCACCACCUAUGGGUGCAGCAUAGGUAUUACACCUCUUUUGAUUGGAUUGAGGCGUCGGUUCAGAUUUUUUUUUUUUAGAAACAGAUAAAGAAAAUCUUAGUUUAAAAAAUAUUCAGUGUCGUGUAUCUAGGGCCUAAAUAAUAUGUCAUUUUACUUUAGCAGUAAUUUGUGCAAUUUUUCAGUUAGCUAUGAAGUUACAAGUGCUUUCUUUAUUAAUUAGCAAAUUUAUGCUGUCAAGUGUCAAGAUGAUUGUUCCAUUUUUAAAAUGCAACGUGUUUUCUAAAAGUCUCACAGUAAUAGGUAUAUUUUAAAUGUAAUGUGUUUUUGUGUGUUUAAUCCUAUCUAUGUUUUAUUUAGAGAUGCACAAAUCAAUCCGCCAAUUUUCCUUGAUUGGCUCUGAUUGCUAAUAAAAAAACAUUUUCCUGUCCCUCUCAACUUAAAAGACCGAAAAGAUCUGGCUUUGACGCACUGUUCAAACUUAAUACAGAUCAGGUAAAGUUUGAGAAAAUAUGACAUGGUGCAUAAACGGGCAUAAUAUUGUAAAUUUGGGUGACAAUAUUGGAAGAUCAAAGAACCUGCAGUAUGUUCUUUUAUCUUUUAUGUGUUAUGAUAAAUCAGUCCAAUUAAGACCCGACAAGUCAAAAAAUUGGCAUCUGGCAGGAGAAGCCGUGAACUGUGCAUCUUUUUUCAUGAAAAUUUAUAUGGGUUAAUUUAUGUAAAUUAUAUGGAUGAUAAAAAAUUGUUCUCUCAAAUAUUGGAUGUAAAAUAUGUUGUAUAAAAUAAGUGUAUAAGCUGGAAUUACACACACUGUCACCAUUCUGUCCAUCCUCUGUUACAUGUACAUAAGUCCACCAGAACAAAGCAGACUGUCAAUUUAGGUAACCAGUUGCAUGUAGUUUUUAUAUUUAUUGAUUUUAGAAAUAUUGUGCUCACUAUAGUGAUAUGAUUAAUUAUUGAUAUGGUUACAUUUACACUACUACCACUGUACAUAGUAAGUUUAAAGUAGAUGUUUUUGUGUAAAUUAUAAACAUUUAUGAACA